AUGAUAGUAACGAAGCGUCUCAAAUACCAUCUCAAAGUGAGGAGCCGUCUUCUGAUAACAAGGGUGAUAUACAUUGAUGAGUUUCUGAAUAGCAUCAAAGUGUUUGGAUUGCCAAAUCAUCUUAUCUGUCUCAAAUUUGGCACACCUAUAAUGUUGCUUAGCAACAUCGAUACCAAGAACGGUUUGUGUAAUGAAAAUAGGCUAAUAGUUACUAAGAUGGCUAAGUAUAUCUCCGAGGCUCAAAUCAUAACAUGUGAUAAAGUUGGUAUUGCAGAGAUUAUUCCUAGGAUUACGAUGUCGCCUAUUGAGGCCAGGUUUCCUUUCAGGAUGAAACGGAAGCAGUUUCCCAUCGCCUUGGUAUUUGCGACGACUAUUAACAAGAGCCAGGGACAAACAUUAGGUAAAGUUGGUAUCUAUCUCUCAGAAACAGUUUUUACUCAUGGUCAAUUGUAUAUAGCGGUGUCCAGAAUUACGUCGAGAGCAGGAUUGAAGAUACUUAUCACAAACAAAGACCUGAAACCACAGUGGACGACGCUAAAUGUUGUGUUCAACGAGACAUCCAAAUAUAUUUAG